AAGAUGGUGACUUGCGUUGCCUGCCGGUAGUUGUAGUUUUACUGGGCUUUCCUCGUCGUCUUCUCCACUCUGCAGCCCAAGCCAAAGAGUCUGAGAGACCACAUUUCCUAGGAUGCCGUGCGGUGCGUCCAGCUGCACUUCCUCCUUAGGCGGAGGGAAGGAUUCAGGGAAGCUUGGUUAAAAACAGAGUUAAAGGCAGUGGGAGUCCAAGGAGAGGGUCUGAAGUUCACGACUACUAGAAGGGGAGGGGAGUGGAAAGGAUCUCAGUGAAAAAGGUAUUAGAAUUAUUUCUGAAUUUAUCAGUCUCUCAUUUGUGCUUUGGGAAAGCAAAAAAGGCGAAAGGGGUCCUUGGCCAUCUUCUGCUGGAGCUUUUAGGGAGGAUGUGUGUCUGAGAGACCAGAUGUGCCGAGUUUGAAAUCCCAGAAGCCCAAGAGGAAAAGAACCACAGGGAGGAAAAGACUGUCCAAAGGCUUCUGGAGUCUUCUCUGCUCUAACCUUGGAAGGUUUUGAACAAUAUUUCUCAGAGGAUGGCCUUUCACUUACUCAUCUGUCCAGCAUGACUCAUCCCCAGGAGUGUUGAGGCCUGGACAAUCUGAAUUCUGCCAACCUCUUCAGUUCAGAACCAGCUUGACCCCAGGCCCCAUCACUCUGCGAGUCACCACAGUCCUCUAGGAAUUUGCCUUGGGAGUAUUGUAUGUUCACAUCUUCCUUUGCCGUAUUUGUAAAAUGAGUAAAUAGUUAUGUGCUAUACAGGAUUGUAAUCUGAAUUGUUCCGCACACUUGACCAGUUCAUCCUGAUGCAGGAAGUCUGAAAACCACACUUUGGUUACCUCCAACUAGAUCUUUUCUAGGUUGCAUGAUGGAAUUUGAACAUUACUUCCAGAGGUUUUAUGUUUUGGAUUAAUUGAGUUUGUCCUUUGCCGACUGUUUCUUCGGACGCAUUUUUUGGUGUGCUCUUUAAGGAUUAAAUGCAAAGAGAUUAUACCAUGGACUACAAGGAAAGCUGCCCAAGUGUAAGCAUUCCCAGCUCUGAUGAACACAGAGAGAAAAAGAAGAGGUUUACUGUUUAUAAAGUUCUGGUUUCAGUGGGAAGGAGUGAAUGGUUUGUCUUCAGGAGAUAUGCAGAGUUUGAUAAACUUUACAACACUUUAAAAAAACAGUUUCCUGCUAUGGCCCUGAAGAUUCCUGCCAAGAGAAUAUUUGGUGAUAAUUUUGAUCCAGAUUUUAUUAAACAAAGAAGAGCAGGACUAAAUGAAUUCAUUCAGAACCUUGUUAGGCAUCCAGAACUUUAUAACCAUCCAGAUGUCAGAGCAUUCCUUCAAAUGGACAGUCCAAAACACCAGUCAGAUCCAUCUGAAGAUGAGGAUGAAAGAAGUUCUCAGAAGCUACACUCUACCUCACAGAACAUCAACCUGGGACCAUCUGGAAAUCCUCAUGCCAAACCAACUGACUUUGAUUUCUUAAAAGUUAUUGGAAAAGGCAGCUUUGGCAAGGUUCUUCUUGCAAAACGGAAACUGGAUGGAAAAUUUUAUGCUGUCAAAGUGUUACAGAAAAAAAUAGUUCUCAACAGAAAAGAGCAAAAGCAUAUUAUGGCUGAACGUAAUGUGCUCUUGAAAAAUGUGAAACAUCCAUUUUUGGUUGGAUUGCAUUAUUCCUUCCAAACAACUGAAAAGCUUUAUUUUGUUCUGGAUUUUGUUAAUGGAGGGGAGCUUUUUUUCCACUUACAAAGAGAACGGUCCUUUCCUGAGCACAGAGCUAGGUUUUAUGCUGCUGAAAUUGCUAGUGCAUUGGGUUACUUACACUCCAUCAAAAUAGUAUACAGAGACUUGAAACCAGAAAAUAUUCUUUUGGAUUCAGUAGGACAUGUUGUCUUAACAGAUUUUGGGCUUUGUAAAGAAGGAAUUGCUAUUUCUGACACCACUACCACAUUCUGUGGGACACCAGAGUACCUUGCACCUGAAGUAAUUAGAAAACAGCCCUAUGACAAUACUGUGGAUUGGUGGUGCCUUGGGGCUGUUCUGUAUGAAAUGCUGUAUGGAUUGCCUCCUUUUUAUUGCCGAGAUGUUGCUGAAAUGUAUGACAAUAUCCUUCACAAACCCCUAAGUUUGAGGCCAGGAGUGAGCCUUACAGCCUGGUCCAUUCUGGAAGAACUCCUAGAAAAAGACAGGCAAAAUCGACUUGGUGCCAAGGAAGACUUUCUUGAAAUUCAGAGUCAUCCUUUUUUUGAAUCACUCAGCUGGACUGACCUUGUACAAAAGAAGAUUCCACCACCAUUUAAUCCUAAUGUGGCUGGACCAGAUGAUAUCAGAAACUUUGACACAGCAUUUACAGAAGAAACAGUUCCAUAUUCUGUGUGUGUAUCUUCUGACUAUUCUAUAGUGAAUGCCAGUGUAUUGGAGGCAGAUGAUGCAUUCGUUGGUUUCUCUUAUGCACCUCCUUCAGAAGACUUAUUUUUGUGAACAGUUUGCCAUUCAGAAACCAUUGAGCAAAAUAAGUCUAUAGAUGGGACUGAAACUUCUAUUCAUGUGAAUAUAUUCAAAUAUGUAUAACUAGUGCCUCAUUUUUACAUGUAAUGAUGAAAACUAUGAAAAAAAUGUAUUUUCUGCUAUGUGCAAGGAAAAAUAGGGCAUUUCAAAGAGCUGUUUUGAUUAAAAUUUAUAUUCUUGUUUAAUAAGCUUAUUUUUAAACAAAAUUUAAAAGCUCUUAUUCUUAGCAUUAACCUAUUUUUAAAGAAACCUUUUUUGCUAUUGACUGUUUUUUCCCUCUAAGUUUACACUAACAUCUACCCAAGAUAGACUGUUUUUUUAACAGUCAAUUUCAGUUCAGCUAACAUAUAUUAAUACCUUUGUAACUCUUUACUAUGGCUUUUGUUAUCACAUCAAAACUAUGCAAUUGGUACAUGGUUGUUUAAGAAGAAACCGUACUUUUCCAUGAUAAAUCACUGUUUGAAAUAUUUGGGGAAAAAAAAUAUUUGGUUCAUGGUAUGAUCAAAGUGUAAAAGCAUAAUGAAUACAUUGGCUGCUAGUUAACAUGGAAUAACUUUAUUCUGCAGAUCAUUUAAGAAGUAACAGGCCGGGUACAGUGGCUCACGCCUGUAAUCCCAGCACUUUGGGAGGCUGAGGUGGGUGAAUCACCUGAGGUCAGGAGUUCGAGACCAGCCUGACCAACAUGGAGAAACCCCAUCUCCACUAAAAAUACAAAAUUGGCCGGGCAUGGUGGCGCAUGCCUAUAAUCCCAGCUACUCAGGAGGCUAAGGAAGGAGAAUCGCUUGAACCCGGGAGGCGGAGGUUGCUGUGAGCCGAGAUCGCGCCAUUGCACUCCAGCCUGGGCAACAAGAGGGAAACUCCAUCUCAAAAAAAAAUGAGUAACAAAAGGAAAUUAUUUGUUUUUGAAGUACCAAUUCAACUUUGUGGAUUAUUUUUCCUCUGAAGGAAAAGAAAAAGUUUAAUGGUUAGGAUUUUUAAGUAUUCCCAAAGAUCUGAAGGGUAAUAAAAUGUACUGCUGGAUUUUUUAAGGUGGUACCAAAAAUGAAUGUCUCUCUGUCAUAUAUUUAUAUUACAAAUACAUUGUGUUUAUGUCUGUUCAUCUUUUGAAUGUUCAGUAUGCUAUUAAGUCAUUCUAAAUCUUUGUAUUUGCUUUUGCAAAUAGGUAUUUCAAAGCUCUUUUCCUAAUUGGUUAAGUAAAAUAAAAAAUUGAGUUUUCGAGUAUUUGCCUAAUUGGGAAUUAAAAAGUAGAAUAACAGGCCAGGCAUGGUGGCUCAUGCCUAUAAUCCCAGCAUUCUGGGAGGCCGAGGCAGGCAGAUUAUUUGAGCUCAGGAGUUUGAGACCAUCCUGGGCAACAUAGUGAAACCCUAUCUCUACAAAGAAUACAAAAAUUAGCCAGACAUGGUGGCACAGAUCUUUAGUCCCAGCUACUCUGGAGGCUGAAGUUAGAGGAUGACAUGAGCCCAGGAGAUGGAAGUUGCAGUGAACUGAAAUCGUGCCACUGCACUUUUCAGCCUGGGUGCCAGAGCGAGACCCUAGUUAAGAAAAAAAAAAAAAAAAAUUGUAGGUCAGUGUAAAUGUGUAUAGUUUUAUUGCAGUGUAACAAAAGCUGAAAAUCAGGCAGAUGUGUAUUCAGUAUCUAAUUCAAUAUAUCUUAGAAAAAGUACAGGAAACAGACCUUAAAAUCGUAACCUACCAACUAACUUACAUGCUUAUAAAAGUGAAGGAGAAUAACUGGCUGGGCAUGGUGGCUCAUGCCUAUAAAAUCCCAGCACUUUGGGAGGCCAAAGCAGGAGGAUCAGUUGAGCCCACGAGUUCAAGACCAGCCUGGGCAAUGUAGUGACACCUCAUUUCUAUUUAUUUAAAAAAAAAAGAAUAACUACAGAAGAACUUUAAAAAAUUAAAAAUGAGCUUACCUUGGAUUCUUGGCUUAGAGUAGAGGUUUUUUUAAGUUAUGUAGGAAACAUUUUUGUAAAAGUUUAAUGAUCCACGUUAGAUGCUCCAAGAACAAGCAUCCCUUCCAUGUAUGUCUUGAGAAAGAAAUCAUGAAAGCAUUUCUCACCAAUAUUCUUUGGCUUAAAAGUGUUUAGCAGAAUUGCGCAGUGGGGGUGGCAGUGUGCUUUUCUUAUAUUAAUAAUAUUUACAUCCAAUACACUGAAUCUUCCUUUAGAGGUAAGACUUUAAUAUCUACACUGUAAAUAUUUGGUUUAUUUGGCACUACUGUAAGUUUAGUUUUUACACAAAGCUCUUAUUAUAAAUCAAAAUAAAAAUUGUAGUUUCUUGUAUGAUUUUUUGUACUCAUUCAUUCCUGUUAAGCUGCCAAAAAUUAAAGUGCAAUAUUGUAUAUUUUUAAGAACAAAUUUAAAAUAGAAUUUUGAUGUUUCUCAGAUCACAAGAAACACAAAUCUAUAUAGUAUAAUAAAAUCAGCAAAAAAAUCAA